AGCAAAAUUUAGCAAAUGGCAAGCGCGCCAAGAGUGCCAAGCGACGCGCUAAGGAGCCUUCAUCAAAACGCGGCGGUGACAAUGAGGGGAAAAGCACGAGAAACGACGUCGCCCCCCACUGCCCAGGCUUCCGGACCGCGCAUCUGCUGCUCAGAGCACGCCGCCACUCGCCACCGUCCCUAGGUCUUCCCAAGCUCUCCCGUCGGGCUCGGCAAAGCAAGAAGCAAUGCCACGCCGGUUGGCGCUUGAGCUUGGUCUACACCAAGCUUGCUUGGCUCGGGAGAUGCGCCCUGGCGUCGUGGCACUUGGGCUGGACUUGCCUUGUAGGGAUAUAGGGCCUCGCUACUCACAUGGUGUUGUCUAAAGCCGGUUAGAAGUAGACUCGGUCGCCCUGACGUUUCCCCGGCGCUUUUUACUUUAUAAUAACUAAAAACUUCCCCAGGGGAAUCCACCCGCUCCGUUGGAACCCCGUCCUCCACGCCCUGCUACACAGUAUACACAGUAGAAUGCGGAGGACCGGGGACCCCAUGCGGGGGUGUGAUAUCGUAUGUGAUGUCGGGAGACUCCGGAAGGCAUGACUCUGGAGACGCCCAAUUACGGCGCCGCCGCGAGGGCACGGCGGAAAAAUGACAGACGAGAUCGUUUACCUGCGGGGUCUCCUCGGAGCAAAUCACGACCCACGCCAGACCCGGGCCCAACCACUUACAUCCUUGUUGUCCUUCACACCCCCAUUCCUGGAUGCCUCCAACGAAGAUGGGUCCGGGCCGACUGUUAUGAUGUAUGUUCACCGCAGCCCAUCCUUCAUGGUUCGGUGGACCUUCGUGGGGGCUGGCGGUGAUGGACUGGGCGAUUAUUUAAAGGGUCUGGCCGACUGUUGCUAUCCAUCCUGUUCCCUCUCUUUCUGCUCCGGCGGUCUCGUUCGCGACCGGUGUCCUUUUUUCGUUCGGCCGUGGUCCCGUUCCCCUCCCGUCAAGCCACCGCGAGCACGCAGAUCUCCUCCUUUUCAUCAGUCACCAUGGCGGGACCGGCCAAGAAGCCCGUCAACAUCUUCAGGCUCAAGAACCUGGACGAACCCCAGGAGAUCUUCAACUGGAGGUUAUGGUUCGCCGUCUUUUGCUUCGGGCUCCUCGGGGCUGCCAGGGGCGUGGACGAGGGCCUCAUCAGCGGCGCCUUCAACUCCAAGGAUUUCCAGAAGACCAUCAACUAUGAUUCGUUUUCCAAGGAGGAGAAGACCAACAUCAAGGGCAACGUGUCCUCCAUGGUCCAGAUUGGCUGCGUUGGAGGCUCACUGAUUGCGUUCCUGGUCUGUGAUCGCAUUGGGAGAAUCUGGGCCACCAGACUCCUCUGCCUUCUUUGGAUGCUCGGGAUCUGUAUCUUCAUGGCUGCCGAUGGAAGCUUCGCCAUGAUAUAUGCUGGCCGCUUCAUUGCUGGUCUCGGAGUGGGCAUGACGCCUGUUGUUGGGCCGGUCUACAUUGCGGAGAUCGCCCCCGCGAGCGUCAGGGGCCUGUGCACCUGCUGGUUCACCGGGUCCGUCUACAUCGGCAUCGUGCUUGCUUACUUCACAAACUACGGCUGCGCAAUCAACAUCGGUGAUUCCACACACGCGCGGUGGCUCGUUCCCACCAGCCUGCAUCUCAUGUUUGCCGGCAUCAUUUUCGUCCUGUCCUUUUUCCAGCUCGAGUCUCCUCGCUUCCUGAUCAAGACGGGCAAGGUCGAGGAGGCCACCAAGACGAUGGCGGCGCUCCGGAACAUGACGGUGGACAGCGACUACGUCGUGCGCGAGAUCCACGCCAUCCGGGUUUCCUACGAGGAGGAGCUCGAAGCCACCAAGGGAGCCACAUGGGUCGGGAUCCUGAAGGAGAUGAUCCUCAUCCCCAGCAACCUCUACCGCCUUUACCUGACCAGCAUGGUGCAGUUUCUGUCUCAGUGGUCUGGCGCCGGGUCCAUCACCCUUUACGCUCCCGACUUUUUCCAUCUGCUGGGAAUCUCUGGCCAGAACGAGUCGCUGCUCAUCACGGCCGUGUUUGGUGUCGUAAAGCUGGUCGCGGCCGUCAUAUGCGCCCUGUUCCUGGUCGAUGUCAUUGGGCGCAAGCGGGCCCUCCUUAUCGGCAUUACCCUGCAAGCAGUUUCCAUGAUCUACGUGGCCGGCUUCCUUACCGGGAUUCCCGAAAUGGGCGUUGUCAAGGACUACAAGCUGGAUACCCACGAGGUUGGGCCCAGCAAAGGCGCCAUUGCCAUGAUUUACGUGAGCGGCUUUGGGUGGGCUCUGGGCUGGAACUCGAUGCAGUACCUCCUUACUGCCGAGCUGUUCCCCCUGCGCAUCAGGGCCCUGGCUACGUCCUUUGCCAUGAUGCUCCACUUUGUCAACCAGUUCGGCAACGCCCGCGCCGUCCCCAACAUGCUCCUGUCGCCCGAGGAGGGCGGCAUCUCGCCCAAGGGAACGUUCUGGUCGUUCGCCGCCAUCACCAUCCUCGGAGGCAUCUGGGUGCUGGUUUCGGUGCCCGAGACCAGCGGGCGCUCGCUCGAGAGCAUGGACAGGCUGUUCGAGAUGCCGUGGUACAAAAUCGGCCUCUACGGCAACGCCGACGCCGAGGCCCGCGACACCCAAGCCCAGGAGAAGGAGGAGGCCGCGGGCUUCGAGGCCGACCAGAGGAUCGAAACCAUUGGGGACGGCGCCAGGAAGGUCUAGGAGUGUAGGCGGGCGGCGGAGUGGCAUGCCAUGCGGAAGGAGUAGUGGGGGAAGGUUUUCUGCCCUCUUGCGUUUGGCAAAUAAUCUGGUCAAUGAUUCUUCCUUGGAGGAAGCAUUUUCUCUGGGUUCGGCCAUGAGAUCUUUGAUACCAAAAAAACACUUCGCAGUUAACCGCUAUAAAAUAACUCUAAGCUGGUAACAAGCAAGCGUUGCAUUUGUGUAUCCAUCGAGUUGUCGACGGACCGAAGCAGUCCAGGCUCGGGUCGUGGCACCUGGUGGGUUCCAGGGGCAGUCGAAACCUGCACCACCCGGAUAUUAAAAAAAUCCCUCAUAAUACUCCAAAUGACAUGACUUUCUCGUCA